UGGGUCAGGCCUUGCAGGCAGCACUUCCUUGACUGUGUUAGCAUUAAAUUCCUUUUCUUUUGAUUACAUUUAAAGACCCCUUUCUCAUCAAUGGACCUACAUCAGACUUUUACCUUAAUUUAAUUGCUGUUCCGUACACAACCUGGAAGAAAAGUUUGCCUGAAAAGUUUUGCGGAGGGAAAAAAAAGUCACACUAUAUAUUUUUUCUUUUUUUUGACUGGUGUUAUUGGUGUUGUCAGACAGACGGGCAGAAGAAGAAAACGUGGACGGUGUGCUUCACUUUCUUUACCCGAUGUUUUACUCACCGUGCUGACAGCUUGAAAGUCGUCUCGGGUUACUCAACAAUAAUAACAUUUUAAAAAACAAUAAUAAUUAAACAGGUGUACCGGUAUACCAGUGGCUGUAAAAUGACGGAACGGUCCUCGUUGUUACUACGUAAACAAUUAGCAGAGCUCACCAAGAACCCGGUGGACGGCUUUUCUGCCGGCCUUGUGGAUGAUGAUGACAUUUAUCAGUGGGAAGUGGUCGUCAUCGGGCCUCAAGACACAUUAUUUGAAGGAGGUUUCUUCAAAGCAACCUUAACCUUCCCCCGUGACUAUCCUCUGAAGCCUCCCAAGAUGAAGUUCAUCACGGAAAUCUGGCAUCCAAAUGUGGCAAAAAAUGGCGAUGUCUGCAUCUCCAUUCUGCACGAGCCUGGUGAGGACAAGUACGGCUAUGAGAAGCCUGAGGAGCGCUGGCUGCCAAUCCAUACAGUAGAGACCAUCAUGCUCAGUGUUAUCUCCAUGUUGGCAGACCCUAACGGAGACUCUCCUGCCAAUGUGGAUGCAGCUAAAGAGUGGCGGGAGGAUCCUAAAGGAGUUUUUAAGAAAAAAGUGUCACGCUGUGUGCGGAAGAGUCAAGAGAUGGCUUACGACUAAGUUCACUCCAGUCGUCAACAAAGUUGGAGCUGCACAGGGGAUUCGACAACUGGUUACUCUUAAUCGGCUAGACGACCACGGGGCACAACUUUACCAACAUCAGCUAGCCACCUAAAGAAGAAAAAGACUGGGGGAAAAAAUGUGUAAACCCAUAUUUCUCUACUGAUUUGUGUGUUGCAGUUAGAGUGGUUGUUAUUUAUGAAUAUUGCUGAAUAGCAGUGGCAUUCAUGUCGCCAAAAGUUAUGAUUUAUUUUGUGAUUCUCCAUCAUCAGUUGCUCAAGAUUUGCACCUGAUGGGACUAUUGGCAGAGUAUUCUGGUCAAGUGUCAGCUUUCCACCCACAGGAGGAUGAAUCAAACAGACAAAUGCUUUCUCUGUCAUGUACAUUUUAGGAGGAAUGAUCUCCGCUGACAAAUGCCCCAUUUUUUGUUUACUUUUUAUUGACCUAUUUAUUUAGAGUGACAUUAUUUUAAGAAGCAUACUGUCUGUUAUGGGGGUUAUAAUUUUAUUUUCAGCCUGCCACACUGAGCCAACAACUCUACAGCUAUUUCAUCAACUUAUGCAAUUUUGGAGUGUUUGCAGUCUUGAAAGAGAUGGAAAUACAGACACUGGCUUUUUCCUCUCUCUGCAUACCAGAAGUGUUCUGCAGAGGAAAGGGUUCCUUCUCUCGGCGAAUGGGAAAAACUUGCCACCCAGCGCUGCCUUAACUCUUGACUGCCAGUGAAGGAAACCUCAAUAGACUGUGUCUGAAGGCUUGUUUUGAAUCCAGAAGAACUGCUGUGCACAAACCAAAGACGACACACUGAUAAAUAUAUUUUUAACAAACAUGCUACAUUUUUUACCUAUGUAAAUAUAAAUUAUAUGUCCUUGCUUGGAAGAACUGUCAGACAUUUUUACAUGCUGAGCCUCAAAAGAGAGAAUUCUGGCCUGUUGGAGAGACUGUGUGGAUACUGCGCGGUACAACUUUUUCACAGAAGACAUUUUGACACGUCACAGGAGGAAAUGCACAGCUGUAUAUAAUAAAAUGAAUGAUGGCUGAGUACUUCACCAUUAACAUAAUCAAAUUAAAGCACUUUUUAAGCUUUUCCAGCACCUCAAAUCUUUGGCGCAUUACAUGUUUAAAUACAUGUCUUUGCUCAAAAUUAUCUCACUUAAUUGAAAUGUAAAUCAUUAAAAGGUUUGUUGUCAAACCUGUGAAGCACUUUUCAAACCUUGAAAACACGUGAAAAAUUCAAGAACCCUGUGUAAGGUAAAAACGUCUACCGUGAUAAAAGCCUAUACUACCCACAUGAUCCCUGGAUCAAGUGAUUUUACAGAGCUUAAUCACAAUAAUGGCAUUUUUAUGAGGACAUAAUUUGUUAAAUAAUACGUAGGUAUACAGUAGCGCACACAUGUCAAUAGAUGUUACAACGUGAAAACUGUUUAAUAAACCUCAUUCUGGACAUUG